ACUAGGUUCCUCUUUCUCUCUCUCUCUCUCUCUCUCUCAUUCAUUCAUAUCUUCAUUCUUCUGUGUUUUAAUCUAUAUUUCCAAAAGUAUAGGACUAGAGUCACUGUUGCUUUCGUUAGAUCUCUGAAUAUUUCUUCAAUAUUGUUGUUUGCUUGAUCUGUUAUUGUUCUGUCUUUGGGGUGGUAGAAGAUUCUGCUUAGUCAAAGAUUCUUGUCUGCUAUAGCAAAGCACCUCAGGAACUAGAUCUCUGUGGAAAGUACAGUUGUUUUUGUUCGAAUUCUAUUCUGGCUAACAGCAUGCUCUCCAUGGAUUCCCUUUUGGACAAUUUUCCUGGUUCGGUAAAUGGGUUCAUAUCUGAAAACGGUUCUGUCUCGUUGUUUACGAAUCAGAACAGGGUAAGUGAGUUCAAGUUGGAUGAUUCAUCUGUCUCGGUGUUUACGAAUCCGAACGGGGGAAGGAAAUUCAAGUUGGAUGAUUCACGUUCCCCGUCAGAGUCUGCCUCUGAUGAUGCUCCCUCUUCUGGGACAAGCUCUGACGGAGAACACACAGAGAGUACUAAACUCUGCAAUCCCAUGCUCAGGUUUAUAAGUGAUAUCCUCAUGGAUGAAGAGGAUGAUUUGGAGCGCAAGCCCUGCAUGUUGCAGGAUUGUUUGAGACUCCAGGCUGCUGAAAAAUCAUUCUAUGAUGCUUUGGUUCAUAGUUACCCAUCAUCACCUCGUCAAUUUAACGAUAACCCUGACCCAGAUGAUAAUUUUGGUGGAACCACUAGUUCUGAGAGUUACGGCAGUUAUACCACUGACCAUUCAUGCGAGUCUGAUAAGUUUAACGGUGCUGGUGAUUUUGAGUCUUAUUUGCUACAAAGAUCGUUGCAUAAUUCUCCGGAACACGCUUAUGUUACUCCUGAUCUGAUUAGAGAGGCACAAGCUGGGUUCCAAUUUUCAAAUGGAGCUUGGAAUUUGAUUCAGUCGCAGAACAAGGCGGGCGUAAUUGAAGAGAGUGUGACGAGGACAGGCAAAGGAUCAAGGGAGAAGAGGAGCCAUCUCAUGAAAGAUGAUGUCUCACAUGAAGAAGAGGAGAGAAGCAAUAAGCUUUCAGCUGUCUACUCUGAUGAUUCGGAGUUAUGUAGCAUGUUCGAUGAAGUGCUACUUUACAAUGAUGGCAAGAGUCCAGCCUUUUGUAAAUCUGACCGUGAACCUUCAUCAUUACAGCUUGCUGAUUCAGGAGGAUCUAAUGGGAAGAAAACACGUUCGAAGAAAGGUUCCAACAAGGGAAAAAAUGCAAGAACAACGGUGGAUUUAUGGACUUUGCUAACUCAAUGCGCACAAGCUGUGGCUAGCUUUGAUCCAAGGACUGCAAAUGAAAUCCUCAAGCAGAUUAGGCAGCACUCUUCACCUUUAGGCGAUGGACUUCAGCGCUUGGCUCACUACUUUGCCGAUGGCCUUGAGACAAGGUUAGCUGCUGGGACACCAAAGUUCAUGCUGUUUCAGUCAGCAUCUGCUGCAGAUAUGUUAAAAGCUUACAGAGUGUAUGUCACAUCAUCACCAUUUCACUGGAUGUCAUUUUUCAUGGCUAACCGUACUAUUCUGAAGUUUACACAAAGUGAAAGCAGUAUUCACAUUAUUGACUUUGGGAUUAGCUAUGGUUUCCAGUGGCCUUGCCUCAUCCAACGGCUUUCACAGAGACCAGGCGGUCCUCCAAAGAUUCGUAUAACAGGAAUUGAUUUUCCUCAGUCAGGGUUUAGGCCAGCUGAAAGGGUAGAGGAGACGGGGCGACGCUUAGAGAAGUACUGCAAGAGAUUUGGAGUCCCUUUUGAGUACAAUUGCCUUGCUCAGAAAUGGGAAACCAUAAGACUUGAGGACCUCAAACUUGAUAGGAGUGAAGUAACUGUGGUUAACUGUAUGUACAGAUUGAAGAACCUGUCGGAUGAAACUGUGACUGUAGACUGUCCUAGAGAUGCGGUGCUGAGGUUGAUCAGGAGGAUCAAUCCGACCAUCUUCAUGCAUGGGGUUGGCAAUGGCACCUACAAUGCACCAUUCUUCUUGACAAGGUUCAGGGAAGCACUCUUCCACUUCUCAGCAUUGUUUGAUAUGUUUGAAGCUAAUGUGCCUCGGGAAGAUCCAUCUAGACUUAUGUUUGAGAAAGGGUUGUUUGGAAGGGACGCAAUCAAUGUCAUAGCAUGUGAGGGGGCAGAGAGGGUUGAAAGGCCAGAGACCUACAAGCAAUGGCAGGUUAGAAACCAGAGAGCAAGGUUCAAGCAACUUUCAUUGAACAGAGACCUCGUGAACAAAGUAAAGGAAAUGGUGAAGAAGGAAUAUCAUAAAGAUUUUACAGUAGAUGAGGAUGGCAAGUGGGUUUUGCAAGGAUGGAAAGGACGUAUUCUUUUUGCUCUUUCUUGUUGGGUUCCUGCUUGAGAAAUGACCAACUCAUAACCCAUUUAUGGAUUCCUGCUUGAGGAAUGACCACCUCAUAACUCAUUCAUUGCCAUGAAAAAUUCUUUUAGAUGUAAGAGCAUAACUUUUGAGUGUAUUUAUACUUAAAUAAAAAUGUAUCAUGAUCAUGUUUUAUUUCA